AUGGCCUUGUACUUGUUGCUAGUAAUUCUCAUACAUUCUUCACUAUUUCAUUCACAAGCCAAGCAAAAUGGCAUCGAUACCUUCAAAUGUGUGAAUAUCUACCAACAACCAGCUUUCAGUCAUCGGAAACUUAGACAUCACAAACUUCAGACGAAGCCAAUUAUACCUCAGUUUCCAGAAGCUACAUUUUCAAGAUCAGAUGUCAACAACGAACAUGGCUGCCCCAAAGGGACAGUACCCAUUCAUGCUAACCCUUCAAUUUACCCACAAAAUGACAUAAACAGGGGAGUAAAAUAUUUUGCAACAAUUUCGACACCUCCAGGUGAGAGGACAUAUCGUGGAGGUGCAGCAAUUAUGGGAGUAUUCAAUCCUGUGGUAAAGCAGAUGCAAUCCAGUAGGGCUAAUGUGUGGGUACAAAAUGGUCCUACAUCUGAUUUAAACAACAUUGAAGCUGGCUGGGCGGUGCAUCCAAAUUUAUAUGGUGACAAUUAUACAAGACUUACUGCAUAUUGGACAACAACCGGCUGUUACAAUUUACUGUGUCCAGGUUUCGUGCAGAUAGAUACUUCUUUAUUCCUGGGUCAAGCUUAUCUGAUUGAUCUAGAUCACCCAAUGAUGAUUGAACACAUUGGAAUUUUUCAGGAUAAUGUGACUGGUAACUGGUGGUUAGUGACUCAAAAGAAUUACUUAAUCAUACCAGUGGGAUAUUGGCCAAAGAAGAUUUUUACUUAUUUAACUCUGGGAGCAGACGUUGUUAAAUACGGCGGGACAACAAGUACCUACUUACAGCAACUGGAUAGGCCGCCAAUGGGGAGUGGGAAGUAUCCUGGCUAUCUGGGGUGGGUGUUCGGUUUCUUUUCCAGGAUUCGAUAUGUGAAUGAGAGCUACAAUCUGAUUGAUGCUGACCAUAGCAAGAUGAACAAGGUUUUGGAUUCUGUUUGUUAUGGUUUGAUGUAUUUUACUGCUGGAGGUGCCAUGAAAGAAGCCAUGAAGUUUGGGGGACCAGGUGGCACGCCUGAUAGAUGUAAACAGUUGCCUCCAUAA